CAUUGCAAGCGUGCGACUGUGCGAUAUUGUGUGUUGUGUUGUUGAUAGCGUCCAAGCUCAGUCUAUGUCGAGUUCAUCGCACGGCAUUACCGUGGCGCCUUUCGGGGUAAUUUGGAGGGAAACUUAGUCAUGCUGGACGCACCUACAUCAAGAGUAUCCGCUUCCUGAGUAUCCGUUGGCUAGUCCGUAAGAAGAAAAAAUGUCAUCGAGCGAACCUUAGGCAUAGGUACACACCGGAGAUGACACCUCAUGCUUCAAGUACAAAAGCGUGGCUCGUCUGCAUAUCUCAAGUACUCACCUUUAUUAUUUUCAUCUCAUCAACAGUACACUCUCUUCUAGCGACUUCGACCUUGAAAAAUCAAACAUUGUUAUUGUUGUUACAUCAUGCGGAUCGCAAUCCCCAGGGGAGCGGCCUUCCACCUCGGAAGCAUCCUGCUUCUCGCCAGUACUGUCUCUGCGAUAGCAGCAACGGACAACUCGGUCGACACUUACGACUACGUUGUAGUCGGAUCCGGUCCUGGAGGCGGCCCACUCGCCGCUAAUCUAGCACGAUCCGGCUUCAAGACUUUAUUGCUCGAAGCCGGGGACGACGACAGUGCUGCUAUGAUCACGAAUGCUAUUGCAUUGGCGAACACGGCUGAUACUACUGCUUUGACUUGGACAUAUUGGGUUCGUCAUUAUGACGAUGUCGAGUUGACGAAAAAAACCAACAUCUUACAUGGAGGCUUCCCAACGGUAAUCUGUGGGUUGGUCCAGGCAGCUCGGCUCCCACAGGAGCAGAAAUUCGAUUGGGAAUACAUCAAGAACCUUACAGGUGAUGAUUCAUUCAAUGCCACUCAUAUGGGAGAACUAUUCAUCAAAUUAGAAAGGAACCAAUACAGGCCACGCGGUACACCGGGCCACGGCUUCAAUGGAUAUCUUGAAACGGUCUUGGGCAAUGGGACUGUCUUUCUCUCUUCACCUCAAGCAACGGAAAUUUUGAAGGCCAUAGCUGCUGAGGCGGGCCAAGAUCCAGAGGACCUGCCCAACAUCCUGAACAUUGAUCCCAACGCAGUCUUGAACCCCAAUCGAGAUCAGAUGACAGGCCUCACAGGCCUACCUAAUCACGCCAAUGCCACCUGGGCCCGAUACAGUUCCAGGAACCGCGUACUCGAUACCUUGCGCGCUGUGGAUAAGAAAGGUAAUAAGAAGUAUCCCCUGGAGAUCCGCCUGAACUCCUAUGCUACAAAAGUACUCUUUGAAAAGCCUCGGGGAAAGUCAUUGCCUCGCGCCAUUGGUAUACAAUACCUAGAAGGCAAAAGCGCGUUCCAGGGCGAUCUCCGCUAUGAUCCGACAAUCAAGAAGAUCUCACGCCAGGUGUUUGCUCGAAAAGAAGUUAUUCUUAGCGGUGGAUCUUUUGGUACACCUCAGCUAUUGUUACUUAGCGGAAUUGGACCGGCUGCAGACCUUAAGGCCCUUAAGAUCCCCGUUAUUGCCGAUCGGCCAGGUGUUGGUCGCAACAUGCAGGACCACAACGAAAUUGCUAUCAUUGGACACGGCGCUCAGCCUUUUGAUUUCUCCGCUGCUCCUGGAGGUCCUCGCUCCCAAUGCACGUACGGAGCCCCUAACGACCCAUGUCUUGCACUUUACUAUGAAGGUCAGGGACCAUAUGCUCAGCCCAGCCUCACCCAGCUCGCUUUCCUCAAAACAAAUCACACGGUCAACGACGAGCGUGAUAUUGCUAUCUUUCCUGGUUCUUUCGGAUUUCGGGGCUUUUGGCCGCGCAACACCGGACAGUCGUGGGAUGACCCCCCAUCAACAUGGGGCAUGCACAGUGUCCACAUACAUGGCAACAGUACAGCUGGAUACCUUAAGCUUCGUUCAGCUGAUCCAACUAUGACGCCUGAGAUUAAUUUUCGACACUUUAAUGGCACAGGUGCUGCAGGCGAUAUAGCUGCUAUUAAGGAGUUCCUUGCUUGGGGUCGCCGUGCUUUUAACCGCGUACAAGCACCAUUCGCUCCUUACAACAUCUCUUGGCCACAAUGUGCAGGCACUGUGAGUGCUGAUGGAAGCUGCUCUGCUGCCAAUAACGACGAAGACUUUAUCCGCGAGAAUGUCUUUGGCCACCACGUUAUUGGUACUUGCUCUAUUGGCCCUAGCUCUGAUAAGAACGCAGUUUUGGACUCUAAGUUCCGUGUCUAUGGAGUUUCUGGCUUGCGAGUUGUCGAUGCUAGUGCUUUUCCCAGGUCCCCUGGAGCCUUCCCGGUCGCCGGUGUCUACAUGUUAAGCGAGAAGGCGUCAGAAACUAUUCUGUCGGGCCAGUAA